CGGAGGGCUGCGAUCACUCGGGAAGAGAGCCUUCGACGAGCCACUACCGAGUUGAUGCAUCACUCGACCAAGAAUUAAUCGAUGGCCCUGUUCAAUUAACCAUGGUUGCCAUUAUCGAGUGGGCGGCACUGGUACGGGCUAAGCGACGGGAGAGACGGCCACUUAUCGCACCUUCAUGGGCUUCACGACGUGAUUACGUAACACUAACAAACAUGUCUUCAAUCAACAUUGGCGGUUCGUCCAAGGACGCGUCGUACCGGUACAAGAUGCCCAAGCUCAUUGCCAAGGUGGAAGGGCGUGGUAAUGGGAUCAAGACGCGCAUUGUGAACAUGGCAGAGAUCGCAAAGUGCCUCAAGGUGCCUCCGGCAUAUCCCACAAAGUGGUUCGGCUUUGAGCUGGGUGCACAGGCGCGGUGGACGGAGAAGACUCAAGCUGCCAUUGUCAAUGGUGCCUUUACUGCUGCUGAUCUGCAGUCGACCCUUGAUGCCUUUGUCCAGACGUUUGUCCUCUGCCCCAACUGUGGCCUGCCCGAGAUCGACCUCUCGGUCAAGCGCAAUGUGGUGAUGGCUACGUGCUCGGCGUGCGGUAACCAGGCUUCCAUUGGUGGGACCCACAAGCUCUCCAAGUACAUUGUCAACAACCCGCCGCCCAAGUCAAAGAAGGGCGCGAGCAAGCAGGCUGCUGCUGCUGCCGCCGCCGCUGACGAUGCGGACCCGUUUGCUGGCGACAUCAUCGACGUGACCAAGACCGAGGUUGCUGACGAUGACGCCAACGUCGAGUGGUUCACCGACACCUCGGAGGCCGCGGUCCUCGACCGGCAGAAGGCGACCAUCGGCGCCAACAAGCUGCUCGCCGACAUCGGCGCCGUCACCAUCGAGCGCGACAUUGCCGACUCGGUCGCCGCCUUUGAGGCCUGGUACGCCGAGUCCGACCGCGACCUUGGCGAGAUCGAAGCCUUCCUCGACGACCUCAAGUCAACGUACGCCCACAAGAACGCCGAGAUUGUGGGCGCGUUCUGCGCUGUUGUCUGGGGCGACGACCUCUUCACCCAGCUCCCGCAUUACGCCGAGAUCAUGAGCAAGUUUAUCAACGGCACCUCGGAGCAAAAGGUUGUCCUCGGCUGGGUCGAGCGCGUGUGCGGCGAGACCCACCGCGAUGCGCUCCUCAAGUACGUCGCCCACAUCCUCAAGCACCUGUACGAGCUCGACCUCGUUGAUGAGGAGGUCAUGCUCAAGUGGGCCGGCAAGAAGAGCUCCAAGUUUGUGCUCAACAAGAUCUCGGUCGAGGUCAAGACCGCAGGCGCCCAGUUCCUCGACUGGCUGGCCGAGGCCGAUGACGAGUACUCGUACGAGGACGACGACGAGGACGACGGUGAGGACGCCGGCGCCUCGCAGGUCACCGAGCGCUUUGCCCGGGGCGCUGCUGCUGCCCCUGUCGCUGCCAACGACGACGACGAUGACUUUGACAUUGACGACAUCUAGAUAUCUCGCUUCAGAGUAACACCUCCCGAUCCCCCC